AUGCGACACGGGCUGGAUCCGCGGACGCUUGACAUCUACGAGGAAAUGGUGCUCAACUUCAUCUACCGUUUCCUCCCCAAGCCUUCGGUCUCUGUUGCCGCCACCCUGUCCUGCGCCGCCGCUGACGCCGAGAAACGCGAUGGAGUCGACCGCAUCAGCGGCCUCCCCGACGACCUCCUCCGCUGCGUUGUCGCCUGCCUCCCCGCUAAGGACGGCGCCCGCACCGCCGUGCUCUCUACGCGCUGGCGCGGCCUCUGGUGCUCGGUGCCCCUCGUCCUCGUGGACACCCAUUUCCUCCCCCGCGGCGGCGCAGAGGGCCGGCCCCCGAGCCCUGGCUUCGUCUCGCACGCCGUUCGCCGCGCCGUUUCCGACGCCCUCCGCGCGCAUCCUGGACCGUUCCCCUUCGUCAGCAUCUCUUGCCAGUUCAUGGAAGCCGUCGAUGCGGACCGCGCCGUGCUCGCUCGCUGCUGUGCCUCCCUUCGCCGCCUGUAUCUCGGCGCAUGGAUUUUCGUCGACACAGCCACUCUCCCACAUGGCGCCUCCUUCCCCAGUCUGCAGGAGCUCGUCCUAGGUGCUAUCGUACUGGAGGACCGCGACCUCGACUUCCUGCUCUCCGCGAGUCCGGUGCUUGAGAUCCUGACCUUUAUUGGAAGUGGUUUGCGCGCCCGUCUUGCCAGCCACAGCCUACGCUGCGCACAGUUCUGUCUAUGCUUUGUUGAAGAAGUGUCGGUACUGGACGCCCCAUGCCUGGAGCGGCUCUUCAUCUGGAGAUGCCCAAGCUCAAGCGUGAGAGUCAAGAUUGGCCAUGCUCCUCAGUUGAGAAUGCUGGGUUACCUGGAGCCAGGAGUGCACGUACUGGAGAUUGGCAACACCGUUAUCAAGUCAACAACAAAGCCAAGUCCUAAAACGACUGUUCCAAGCGUGCGGAUGUUGGCACUGGACCUGCAGUUCAGAAUUCACAAUGAGGUCAAGAUGCUGCCAAGUUUUCUGAGAUGUUUUCCCAAUGUUGAAACACUGUGUAUCCAGUCAGAAAAACCUGUUGAGCCCACCGAUUGCCUGAACGUCAAGUUUUGGGAAGAAGCUGGUCCCAUCAAGUGCGUGCAGUCAAACCUCAAGAGACUUAUGCUCCGGGAGUUUCAUGGAGAUGACAAUGAGUUUGCUUUUCUUAUGUAUAUUGCUGAAAAUGCCAAGUUCUGUCUGGUGAUCUGGUCUGUGGUGACUUGUGAACCGUAUCAGCCUGUAUGCCACUACCACAGCACUGCCCACAUGGUUGUAGGCGCUGAUGUUGUUAUAUGGUGGGACGACUAG